CUUCUCUGACUCCCCAGGCUCUGAGUCGAGCACUUCCUGAGACUGGUUUCCGGCUCUGGCCUUGGCAUGGUCUUGAGGCUGGAUGGGGGCGUGGGUGAGGAAGAGGGGAGGAGGGGAGAAGGCCACAUGCUGGGCUAUUUCAGCCAGCGAAGUUGGACCAGGGAGCCAAAAAGAAAAUUGAUCAGGCAGCUGGGCAGAGGAUAGUCCAAGGCAGGCUGAGAGUGGAUGUUACCAGGGGGCAGAACCCUGAAAGAUCCCAGACUAGGAAGGGAGCAGAGUGAAGCCCUCAAAGGCCAAAGUUUCUCCAGGUGUAGGACGCCCCGGCCCUUCCUGGUCCUUCAGACCCACAUCAGGUCCCCGGAUAUGGAACCAGGAAACGAGACAACCACAACAAUGUCUGGCUCACCAGGCUCCCCUCCCUCCUGUGUUUUCCAUGAGAAUUUCAAGCACGUGCUUCUGCCCUUGGUGUAUUCGGUGGUGCUGGCUCUGGGUCUGCCCUUGAACUCCUAUGUCAUCAUGCAGAUCUGGCUGUCCCGCAAGGCACUGACCCGCACAGCUAUCUACAUGCUGAACCUGGCCUUGGCCGACCUGCUCUACGCCUGCUCCUUGCCUCUGCUUAUCUACAACUAUGCCCAGGGCGACCACUGGCCCUUUGGUGACAUCUCCUGCCGCCUGGUCCGCUUUCAGUUCUACACCAACCUCCAUGGCAGCAUCCUCUUCCUGGCUUGCAUCAGCUUCCAGCGCUACCUGGGCAUAUGCCAUCCUCUGUCCACCUGGCACAAACGAUGGGGCCGCGGCUCAGCCUGGUUGGUGUGCGGGGUCGUGUGGCUGGCUGUCUCAGCCCAAUGCCUGCCCACAAUCGCCUUUGCCCAGACAGGAAUCCAACGGAACCGCACUGUCUGCUAUGACUUGAGCCCUCCCAGCCUGUCUGCCAACUAUCUGCCAUAUGGCAUGGCCCUCACCUUCACUGGCUUCAUGUUGCCCUUCAGCGCUGUGCUGGCUUGCUAUGUGCCCCUUGUGCGCCGUCUCUGCCAGCAAGGCGGCCCCGAGGGGCCAGCAGUGGCCGAGAAGCGGGGGAAAGCAGCUCGUAUGGUUGUGGUGGUGGUAGCAGCCUUCGCUAUCAGCUUCCUGCCAUUUCAUGUUACCAAGACUGCCUACCUAGCUGUCCGAUCAAUGCCUGGGGUUUCCUGCCCUGUCCUGCAGACCUUUGCCGCUGCCUACAAGGGCACAAGACCCUUCGCCAGUGCCAAUAGUGUACUCGACCCCAUCCUCUUCUACUUUACUCAGAAGAAGUUCCGCCAGAGCCCCCAGCAGAUCUUAUCCAAGCUAAGCUCUAAGUGGCAACGGGGACACUGAACACAGAAGGACAAUGACAGGGUCGUGGUCCCCAGAGGGCUUGGCCAGGCAUCAGCUCUAGGUUGUCCCCCUGUGAUGCCCUAGGGACAACUUCUUCAGACAGCAGUAAACCCUAAGAUAACUGUAACCCCUUCCCCCAAGGGAGAGAUGUGCCCAGAGACUGCUGAGGAUCCCAGUGGCUUGGGGAAUCUUGGGGUAAAGUGGCAAAAAGCACUACAUUGGGAGUCAGAGGUCCUGAGUUCAGAUCCUGGUUCUACUACCUACUUCCUGUGUGUGACCUUGGGCAAAUUGCUUAACUUUUCUGGGCCUCAGUUUCCCUGAAGGGACUGGAUAAUUCCAAGGGGAAGAGAUGGGAUGAUUCACUCUUUAGACACCCUGCUGUCCACCAUGAUGGCUCUUUCUGGAGCAUGUGGAACAAGAAGGAUCAUUCUGGGAUCUGAAGUAAUUCUCAAACUCUCAGCUGAGCCCUAAAUCAAUCCACACUCAUCACUUAUUUAUUGAGCACUUGCACUGUGUGGGUAGCUGCGGACAAAAAGCAAUGUGAUAGAGCAGAGAGAGUCCUAGAUGCGAACUCAGAGGAGAGACCUGGGUGUGAGUCCAGCCACCAUCUUACUGCAUGACUUUGGGCAAGGCUGCCCUCCUCAUCGGGACCCCUCUGCUUCCCCAGACACAAAAGAGAGUGAAUGGGUUUAUUGUGAGGAGUAUUAAAUGGUAUAGUAAUUAUAAAGCACUUUUAGUAAGCAUCAUGUAAAUGUUAACUAUCAUUAUUAUAAUGAUGAUGUCAUGAUGUCUAAGGUUUCUUCCAAAUCUAAAUCCUAUAAUCUCAGGUGGAUGUUGUGGCUCCCAUCCUUACAGAGCUCAGAUUUACAGAGGAGGCAGCAAGGGAAGGAGGGAGGAAGGCAUGAAAGGUUGAAAGACAAGACUUAAAUACGGCCACUAGGCCAAAUGUACUAAGGGCCCAGUGAGGAUAGAGAGGGAGAGCUAUAGAAGAAAAAAGAAACCAAUGAGAAGUAGGUCCAUUAAGGAGAGAAUCAAGGAGAAAAUGGGACCCAAGUUGGGCCUUGAAGGACAGAGGGUGAUUUGGAGAGGCAGGAGGACCUCCCUGGAAGGAAAAUGGUGUGAGCCAAGAUAGGGGGCCCUGCCUGGCAAGAACAGAGGGCAGGGUUUGGGAGUCGGGCUGGGGUGAGAGAUGAGAGGGAGAUAAUACUGGAGAGUGAAGGUAGGAUUGGAACAUUGAUGCCCUUCAUCUCCAGCCUAAGAAGUCUGGAUUUAGCCCUGUGGGCCAUGUGGAGACCACAUCUCACAUUUCCUCAUUCACACUCUCCCAAACCUCCCAACCCAGAUGCCACCCCAGGCUGCUAAACUUCUAGCCUCUGCUAUUUGCCCUCCAAGUACCCCUUCAUUCCUUCAUGUAUUCAUUAACUCAUUCACCCAUUUGUUCAGUAAAAGCUCGGUGAGGUCUAGAAAUCACAGAGCUCUAUGCUCAGCUUCCAGGAAAGGCAGAGAUAGAUAAGAUCCUCUGAAGGGGCCAGCCCUGGUAUUUGGCCCUCAUUGACUCAGGUUGUCUUCUCAGGGUGACAGUUCCUUCUCUAGGUCAUUCAGAGGCCCUGGAUCAGGGCUCUCCAUUCACCUCAAUUCAACUAUGUUUACAUGCCUCCUAUGUCCCAGGUUCUCUCUUUGCUAGGCACGAGAGAUAUAAAGACAAAAUAAGAAAUAGUUCCUGGCCUCAAAGAGCUUACUUUCCUUUGGGAGGGAAUAAGGAUGUCAACACAAAAUACAUAAAGGGUAAAUGCAAAUUAAUGGGGGUGGAGUGGGGUUCACAGAGAGACAUUAACAACUGGGGAGAUGAGGAAAGGCUUCCAAUUUUCACUGCUUGCUGAAUUUCUCUAAUCCUAAAACCCACAACCCAAGGACCCUUGAUCCUCCCUCUCCCACCACCCAACAGUCUCCUAAGCCUGAUUGGCUUCCUGAGGCUCAGUUUUGUCAUCUGUAAAGUGGGAGUGUUCAUCCCUGGAAUACUUACCUCACAGGGUUGUUGUGAGGCUCAAAUGAAAUGAUGUAUGAAAAGCGGUCAGCAAUUGUAAAGACGAUGCUAUAUGAACAUGAA